CGACGACCAGCAGCGGGCGCUCGACGCGAUGGGCAAGGAGAACAGCGCGCAGCCUCCUCGAGGCGAAGGCCCAAAGAGGGGCGAGGGCAAGAAGAAGAAGAAGCGCGGGCCGCCGCCGCGGGGCUGCCUCAUCACGCCGUCGCCGCCGCUGGCGGACUCGCGCGCCGCCAACGCCGUCGACGCCUCCUCGUGCGCCGCCGACCUCGACCUCGCCUCGCCGUGCUUCCACCACCUAUCCAGCACGAUGCAGCAGGACCUCGCCCUCGCGGCCCCGCCACAGCGGAACAAGGACGCCGUCCGCGACCUGCGCGAUAAGAUCAAGAUGCUGCGCUCGUCCGCCCGCAGCGCGGGCGUGGCCGUCCCCUCGCUCGCGCCUCCGCCCGCCGCGAGCCGCCUCUCUGACCCGCCGCUGCCCUCGCCGCUGCCACCCCCGACGCCGACGCCGCCUCCGCCGCCGCCCGCCUCCACGCCGCUCGAGGCUGUCGUGUCGGACGCGGCGCCGCCAGCCGCGGCAGGCUCCGCGCCACCGGCGGGUGCCUCCCACAGGAGCAGCGCCGCGCCUCACCGUUGCCAGCCGCCAGGAGAGUGCGUCCUCCCUCUUCACCAGGUGUCCUACUCGCCGACUCUCGCGCGCCUCAACCCGCUCCUCUCCCCGCUCGCGCGCGUGCGCAAGGCGCUCGCCGCCUCGCCAGACGGCGGGGAGAGCUUGCCGACCGCCGAGCUCGAGAUGCCACGCGCCGGACCACUCAGCGACGCCGAUGAGCUGCUGCCAGAGGCGCGCGUCCAGCGCCGCGCGAGGCACUGCUCGCUGCUCGGUCCGCUCCUCGCCUUGCUCCUCGCCGUCCUCGCGGCGGCGUCCGGCGCGACCUGGCCCGCCGGCCUCUCCCCGCAGCCUCCGGCGCCGCGCCCGGCCUCCCUCCUCCGCCUCGCCGCGCCCGCGCCGAUGUGCCACUGGCGCUGGUCGCGCUUGUCAUGCGGCGCCGCGGCGGCGUGCGGCUGGCGCGUCGCUUGGCCGCCCGGAUCAAAGUGGUGCUAUGUCAAGGGGGGCCGCUCUGGCCGCGCGCAGUGAGACCACCCGAGAGGAGGCGGAGGGCUUUGGCCGCGGCCCGCAGAGAGCUUUGAGAGCCGCGCGGAGGGAGAGGGGGACGCACAGGAAGCCGUCUCUUUCCAUCCGCGGGAGGGUCUGUGCAUGAGCGGGACGCAGGCGCGCAACACCGUUGCCUUGAUAAACGGGGCGGCCCGUCGCCGCGACGGGUGGGAGCGGGGACUGGGGAGAGGAUCCGAGGUGCAUCGCCGAGGAGACGGUUCUGGUGGGAGGGGGGGUACUCAGGAGGGAUGGACGGUGGGGCAGCAACCCCAGCGCACCGGUGGCUCGUCAGGCUAGUCGCCCGAGCCAGGGCGCAGGGGCAGCACCAGCAGGCUGCAGGGCGCCUUGCUUGAUGCUUCUCACGUCGCACACACGCGAUGCGCACACGUCAGUCCGGUCGUCAGCUCACACUGCGGAUCUCGGGGAGUACGAGUAGAGUACUGUGUUACAGAACACAGUCUUGACGGAGAGUGAUGCGGACGCAACCAUGGCCCACGCCGAGACGUGCAGGUGCACGUGGACGUCGAGUACUUGACGUCGUCACGUGUGCGCC